AGAAAGUCGGAUUUUUUCAGAAUGACCAUGUACAGGAGCAAACGCAGACAUCAGAGAUAUAUCAAUAUGGCAGGCGAACCCAAACCAUAUAGACCAAAACCUGGAAACAAGAGGCCCCUCUCUGCACUUUAUAGACUUGAGUCAAAGGAGCCUUUCCUGUCUGUUGGUGGUUAUGUCUUUGACUAUGAUUACUACAGAGAAGAUUUCUACAAUCGGUUAUUCGAUUACCACGGCCGUGUGCCUCCGCCUCCCCGUGCGGUGAUUCCACUGAAGCGUCCCAGAGUGGCCGUCACGACGACUCGCAGGGGAAAAGGGGUCUUUUCCAUGAAAGGGGGAUCGAGAUCUACCGUCAGUGGGUCGUCUUCAUCAGGCUCUAAAUUGAAAUCAGAUGAGUUACAGACAAUCAAGAAAGAAUUAACCCAGAUCAAAACGAAAAUUGACUCCUUGCUAGGGCGCCUGGAGAAAAUUGAGAAGCAGCAGAAGGCGGAGGCAGAAGCUCAGAAGAAGCAAUUGGAAGAAAGUAUAGAGCUGAUCCAAGAUGAAUGUGUGUCAGAGAAUGCAGAUCACUCUACAGAGGAGCCUGCUGAAGGAGGGCCAGAUGCGGAUGGAGAAGAGAUGACUGAUGGGAUAGAGGAGGACUUCGAUGAAGAUGGGGGUCAUGAGCUGUUUCUACAGAUAAAGUGAUCUGAAGUAAUGAAUGAUGCCACAAAAGCAGAAAAGAGAAACUGUGACAACCCCCAGAAAUGUGAAAGGAGGUUUCUUACUGGAUAGCAGCAUCUUUGGUUCAAUUUAUUAAAAAAAAAAUACCCAAAUAAAUGAAAUGGACAGUAUUGUUCAAUUUUAGAAAUUCCAUUUCUUCUAUGUUUUAAGCUAUAUAAUAGUCAAGUUUUUAUGGUUUAGAUUGUAAAUGUGUUUUCCCCUUUGCUAAUUAUGUUGUGUUUUUUUAAGUAUUAAAAGUCUUAAAAUGUGAAAGGACAUUUAUGAAUGGUAAGGGAGACACUGUAUACAAAUGUAUAUUUGUAAAAGCUAUUUUUAUGAUUAGCAUGUUUUACUGUUGAUCAUAUAUAAAGUCAGGUGAUAUUGCAAUUCUAUGUUUAAAGCUUAUCUCCAACAAUGUUAUGUAAGAAAAGAUACAUCAUAAGCUAGUUUUCAUAAUUUAUUUUUAAUUUAUAGUUUAAAGUACUUCAGAUCAUAAUGAUAAAAUACUUGAAAAUGUUAUAUUUCUGCCCCCCAUAAGCACCAUUUUUAUUAAUAAAGAAUGCAGAUAUUUCAGUUGUGAUUCCAUAGCUAAAGGACUCUGUUGCUUUGACCUGUGAUUAAAUUGAGCAUUCUCUACUCAACUGAAAUGAUCCAGUCCUUACCCAAUCCUUCAGUCUGGGUAGGAGAUCCCAUGGACAGGUUUUAGUGCCAAUACAGCUGAAAACUAUAUUGGCAAGGAAAA